CGAGCGAUGGCGCUGGCGCUGGCGAUGCUUCUGAGCGAGGUACACAUGUCGUCUGGGUUCUACCUGCCUGGUGUUGCUCCUCGUGCCUUUAAGAACGGAGAGCCGGUGAACAUCAAGGUUCAGACUCUUGUUUCAACAGAAACCCCCCUCCAGUUCGACUAUUACCAACUCCCUUUCUGUGCGCCGAAGAGGGUCAGAGACAUUCCUGAAAACCUGGGAGAAGCAUUGACGGGAGAAAGAGCUCAUACGAGUGCGUUUCAGGCAAAGAUGAAGGUCACUGAGUACUGCAAAACCUUGUGCAGAAAGAGGUACACACCCCAGGAAAUGGAGGAGUUUCAGGAUUUUGCAAUCUUGGACUACAGAGUGAACAUGCGUUUGGAUUCCCUCCCACUGGCCGAAAUGCAGACAUUUGCCUAUGAGGACAAACCAGAUGAUCCCGUUGAAACUUACAACCUCGGCUAUCCCUUAGGUGGAAAGCUUGAGACCAGUGAAGCAGAGAAGGAUAACCCCACGUCCAACGCGGAUCAGUUUGUGCUCAACAAUCACCUCAGAUUCAAGAUCCUGUAUCACCCAGUCGACUCGUCUGAUGAGGCUCAUUCAAGCCACUCCGAAGACAACGGCAACUUCAUCAUCGGGUUUCAAGUUGUUCCUUUCUCGAUCCAGCAUCACUACACGGGCAAGUGGGACGAGACUGAGGUGCCCUACGUCAAGCUCGCCACCUGUGUCCAGCCUCCUAACGGUCAAUUCCAACCGCACGUCCCGCAAGUGAUCAAUGCGGAGGAAGGCGGCGAGGUCAUCUGGACGUAUGACGUCAUCUGGGAACGUACCAACAUCAAAUGGGCGUCACGCUGGGACGUCUACUUGCAGAUGACGGACGACAAGAUCCAUUGGUUCUCCAUCGUCAACUCCCUCGUCAUCCUCAUGUUCUUGACUGGCAUCGUGGGUCUCAUCAUGACCCGCAUUCUCCGAAAGGAUUUUGCCCGAUACAAUGAAAGUGCUCUGAGCGCCGAGGACAAGUAUGAGGCGAACCGUGAGAUGAGGGAAGAAACGGGCUGGAAGCUUGUUUACAAUGAUGUGUUUCGUCCUCCUUCACAUGCAACGUUGCUUUCAGUGUGUGCAGGAACGGGUGUGCAGCUUUUGAUCAUGUCUAUCCUGACGCUGCUCUUCGCUGCCUUGGGUUUCCUUUCUCCGGCAAAUCGUGGUUCCCUCCUUUCUGCAGUCUUGUUCUUCUACGUCUUGAUGGGAGUUCCGGCUGGCUAUGUCUCUGCAAGGUUUUGCAAAUUCGUGAAGGAGCCAAAUCACUUCAAAGCAACCUUGAUGACAGCUUUGCUUUUCCCAGGAGUUUGCUUCUUGGUUUUCUUCCUUGUAAAUUUGGUUGCCUGGUUCAAGCAAUCAUCGACAGCGGUUCCGUUCGGAACCUUGAUCGUGCUUAUGUUGUUGUGGUUUGGCAUUUCGCUUCCUCUCAUCUUCUUCGGGGCCUACCUCGGAUUCAGGAAAGAUGCUUUCUCCGUGCCUUGCUCAGUUAGCGCCAUUCCGAGACAGAUUCCGCCUCAGAUGUGGUACAUGUCGCCGUGGGUUUCAGCGAUGGCUGGGGGUCUCUUGCCGUUUGGAGCUGUCUUCGUCGAGAUGUUCUUCAUCUUGUCCUCCAUCUGGCAGCACAGGUUCUACUACGUUUUCGGUUUCCUGGCUGUAGUCUUCUUGAUCCUCAUCGUCACCUGUGUUGAGAUCGCGAUUGUCUUGUGCUAUCUCCAGCUCUGUGCGGAGGACUAUCGGUGGUGGUGGCGCUCGUUCUGCACAGCAGGAACGACUGCGGUGUACUUGUUUCUCUACGGAAGCUUUCAUUACUUCUCAAGAUCUCAUCCGGCGACUGUCUUCGAUCUCAUGGCUACCUGCAUCUUCUUCGGUUACUUGUUCAUCUUGUGCUACGCCAUGUUUGUACUCUGUGGAUUCGUAGGAUUCGCCAGCUGUUUUGCGUUUGUUCGCAAGAUUUAUUCUUCAAUCAAGAUAGAUUAGAUAUUAUGUACAGAGAGUUGAGAGAGUCUUGAGCUGGGGAUAGACUAAACUAACAAUGCAGUCGACAGAGAAACAUUCGUUGAUUACUUGUCGUAUUUAAUGAAAGCCUUUAAACUUCG